AGAAUGAAACAAGAGAGGUCUAACCCCCUCUUGUUUCAUUUCCCCAAAAUGAGUCGUCCCUCACCCAACCGUAAUGCACGCAAUAAUGGUCGCGCUGCUGCUUCCUCCACACCGGAGAUGGAUACGAUGGUGCUGCGUGCGACGCCUUCCAUCAAGCGCUACAACAUCGCUCGCUUCGACCUGCCGGAGCUGCCGCAUUUCAGUUCGUGUGCACAGCCCGUCAUGAUGUAUCGCGAGCCUGAGCGCGUGGACGAGGAAGAAGAGAAGGAGGAUGAAGCGCCCGUGGGAUACAACCCGGCUCUGCGCAAGCGCCGUCGCCGCCGCCGUAAGGACACACGUACGGCUGGCUGGGUCAUCGAGGACAGCGAAGGAAAGAACAAGUUUAACGGCACCUUUGAGGGCGGCCAGUCGUCCACAUACAUGCUGCUGGUUAAGAACCGUCACAAUGACGAAUUCAGCGUCAUGCCUGUGGAGCAGUGGUUCCGCUUCAAGAAGCCUUUAAACUACCGUACGCUCACGCUCGAGGAGGCUGAGGAGAUGAACAAUGAGAAGAAACGCGCCGUCGAGCGCUGGCUCAUGAAACACAAGCUCGCAGGCGAGGAUAAGAACGAUGCUGGAGGAGAUACGGUCAGUGCUCCACGUGUACGUACCGGCGCGCUGCCCACGGCCUCCGCCAAGCCCAAGGCUGAAGGUGACGACAUCUUUGGCGUGACGGAGGCGCGCCCUCGCCGUGUCGCGCGCCCCAAGCCUCGUGGAGGAGAAGGAGCUACCGGUGAAGAUGGAGGAGACUUUGAGGAGAAAUUCGAUGAUGAUGAAAGUGACGCAGAGAUCCACAAUGACCAACCGCAGGGACUCGAGUCCGACUCGGAUGAAGACGAGUUUGAAGUGGAUCCGGAGGGAACGGGCAAGUUGACGGAGACCGGCCAGGCUAUGAAGGACUUGCUCAAGCGUGCUCAGAACGGAGAGAUGCUGGAGAACAACAAGGAGAAGGACGAGGACGACGAUGACGAGGAAGAUGACAAUUUCACCGCCAAGGACAUGGACGUCAUCAAGCGCGACUUGGGUGGAAACAUCAUCCGGGAUCGCUCCACUGUAUCGAGUGAGAGUGGAGCUUCUGCUGAGGCCAAGACUGGAGUGAAUGCCGCAGAUGGCAAUACUGUGGACGCGAAUAGUAAGAUGAAGGGCUCGACGGCAUCUAGUGGAAGUGUUACUGGCAAGCGCAAAGAAGAUGACAGUCGCGCGAAGGAGGACACGCCGGCAAAGGUGGUUAAGACGUCAGCCGCUUCGUCGCAGAACAAACUCACGGAAGCUGGUGUGCAGCAGGAAUUGAUCCGCUACGGUGGACGUAUGCGCACGCGUGAUCUGCUUCGCAAGCUGAAGAAACUGAUCGUCACGGACAAUGACAAGGCACUGCUCAAGGACAUCCUUCGCACGAUUUGUGAUGUGGAAGUGGAUGCCAUUGACGGUCGCCUCUUGGUGCUCAAGUCUCAGUUCCGUUAAGCUUCACGAUUGUAAAGCAGUCCAUUCAGCUACCACGAGAAACUCAGGCAAGCUUUCAUUUACGCUACAUACACUGUACUAGCCGUUUGCUUUUUCUCGGUAUUGAUUGUGCGUUCAUAUACCAACUAAUCGUUAAACGCACUCUUAUUGUGUACCGACAUUCUUGAGAAAAUGAGCCCGCUUGUGGGCUUCCGCUGCCAACCGCUGUGGUGAUGUCUUGGCAUGCAUUUGCGAUGGCUUGAAAGUGAAGAACUGCUCUCCUUGCUCAGAGAUCUCUUCGAAGCCGCACCAGAGCAUGAAUGACUUGGCCGGUUCAACUCCAAGCGCUCCCACGUUCGAAGCGAAAAACUUGUUGCUAGCGCGAAUACACUGGAAUUUAGGGUCCUCCGGUUGUCGCGCGAUGUUAUCUAGAUACCGCAACGCUGGAUUGAGAUAGCACGAGUCGUAGUCAGUGAUGGAAUACCAGCAGUUGUCUUUAAAUACAUGGAUUCAUACCUGCAGAAAUGGCGUUCUGGCGAGAUGAAGGCUCGCUGG